AUCCACAAUUACACGGGGAAUGUUUUCCUAGAGAUGUCAGCCUACAAAGGACACAAUCUCUCUUCUUCAAAUUCCUCCCCAAAAUGUCCUUUCCCAACAGCUCUCCUGCUGCUAAUACUUUUUUAGUAGAUUCCUUGAUCAGUGCCUGCAGGAGUGACAGUUUUUAUUCGAGCAGCGCCAGCAUGUACAUGCCACCACCUAGCGCAGACAUGGGGACCUAUGGAAUGCAAACCUGUGGACUGCUCCCGUCUCUGGCCAAAAGAGAAGUGAACCACCAAAAUAUGGGUAUGAAUGUGCAUCCUUAUAUACCUCAAGUAGACAGUUGGACAGACCCGAACAGAUCUUGUCGAAUAGAGCAACCUGUUACACAGCAAGUCCCCACUUGCUCCUUCACCACCAACAUUAAAGAAGAAUCCAAUUGCUGCAUGUAUUCUGAUAAGCGCAACAAACUCAUUUCUGCUGAGGUCCCUUCGUACCAGAGGCUGGUCCCCGAGUCCUGUCCCGUUGAGAACCCCGAGGUUCCUGUCCCUGGAUAUUUUAGACUGAGUCAGACCUACGCCACCGGGAAAACCCAAGAGUACAAUAACAGCCCCGAAGGCAGCUCCACUGUCAUGCUCCAGCUCAACCCUCGUGGCGCGGCCAAGCCGCAGCUCUCGGCUGCCCAGCUGCAGAUGGAAAAGAAGAUGAACGAGACCGCGAGCGGCCAGGAACCCACAAAAGUCUCCCAGGUGGAGAGCCCUGAGGCCAAAGGCGGCCUCCCCGAAGAGAGGAGCUGCCUGGCUGAGGUCUCCGUGUCCAGUCCCGAAGUGCAGGAGAAGGAAAGCAAAGAGGAAAUCAAGUCUGAUACUCCAACCAGCAAUUGGCUCACUGCAAAGAGUGGCAGAAAGAAGAGGUGCCCUUACACUAAGCACCAAACGCUGGAAUUAGAAAAAGAGUUCUUGUUCAAUAUGUACCUCACCCGCGAGCGCCGCCUAGAGAUCAGUAAGAGCGUUAACCUCACCGACAGGCAGGUCAAGAUUUGGUUUCAAAACCGCCGAAUGAAACUCAAGAAGAUGAGCCGAGAGAACCGGAUCCGAGAACUGACCGCCAACCUCACCUUUUCUUAGGUCCAAGGCCAGUGGGAGGCCAGGAUCGGAGAGGGGGCACCGCGUUCCAGGGUCGAGAGCUGGAGGACUG